UAAUUCUUUAUAUGUUAAAGUCUAAAUAGCUAAAUUUUAUACAUAAAAAGUGAAGCAAAAAACUCUUUAAAAUUAUUUAUGAAAAACUCAAAUGAAAAAUAAGACGAAGUUGAGAGCUCUUAAUUACCAUAGAACUUAGCAGUAAAAACUAGUAUGAACAUUAAUGCUUAAAAUAGUACCAAAAGCAAAGCAUAAAAAAACAUAAAUGAGCCUAUAUUCAUGACAUAAACUGAACCAGCGAUAUAUGAUUCAAAAACAAUUCUUAAAUAGCAAGAAAAUCUGAUCAAGAAAUACAAUUAAGUUAACAUAGGUUAGCCUGUUCAACUUAAAUCCUAUUCCUAAGAAAGGACUGAUAGGUUUUUGAAUAAAAAGCAGAGGUAUAGAUCUCAUAAUUAGUAGUCUCCUUAGAAAGAUUUACAAGCUCUUGAGUAUUUAGAUAAUAAUAGUAUUGUAGAAUGUGCUGCACCUACAUCUAAAAAGAAUAAACAAAUAUACAGAAGCUCAGGAUACAGAUUUGCUGAAAAAUAAAAAUUAAAUAUAGAUUUUAAUGAUGAGCAUGUUUCCAGUUUUGAGUGGAUAGUUUAACUUAAAUCUUAGCAAUUGUAAAAAAAUAUGAAUUCUAUGUUUUUAAAAAAUGAACGCAAAAAAUUAUUAUAAUCUUAAUCGAAAAUGACACAUUAAAUAACAGACUUAAAUGUAGAAAGUCUCUGCAUUUCUCCAUCAAAAUCUAACAACAUAAAGAUACUUGAUAAUAUCCAAAUAAAUAAACCUAACGAAUUCGAUUUCAUUAUUAACCAAGAAAAACAACUAAAUCAAAAGAUUUUUCAAGAUGUGAAAGAUAAGAUUGAUCAGAAUGGUAAUAACCUAAAUACUUCUCCUACAUACAAUGGAAACGAUAUCAAUAUUGAAGAUAAAAUGAUUGCAAAAAUUAAUCAGUAAGCUUAGAAAAUUAUAUAAAAUAAAUUACAGCAAACAAGAUUCAACAAGCACACACAAGGUCUUCAAUCACCAUUAUCCUCAAUAAAAAAAGAAUUGUAAGCUUACAAUGAGGAUUUCUGUUUACCAUAUCUUCAACCUUUCAGGGGUUUUAGCAAUAAGACUAAGAUUUACAUGCUAAACAAAUAAAAAGGAAAAAAAAAUUAUAGGGAAAGUAGCUUAAGUUAUAAUAAUGGAAGCAAAAUCUCCUAGUACACUUCUCCUGAUGUAUUAAUAUCUCCAAAAAUAAAUAAUAAAAAAAAUAUUGACUCAAGUUUAAACUUAGCUGCAGAAUAUUAAUAGUACUAGUCUCCCUUCAUCAAAGAAGACAAACUUAAAUAUCACUUAGAUAAUUCUAGCAUCAAUAAAGAAGACUUAGAAUCAGAGGAGUUGUAUACAGAACAUUUUAAAUCACCAGUCAGUUUGCAAUUAUACGAUCCUCAUAAAUUAGAACAAGAAAGGUUUAAAUUAACAUUUAGAAAAAAGGCUAAUACAGCAUAGAUUGGAAAAGUAGUUUCAGGAUAAUCUCCUUCAAAGAAAGAUUUGUAUAAUUUAGAUGUUACGAGUUAAGAUGGCUCUAACUAAAAUAAAGUUUUUUCAUAAUAAUCUACAAUAAACAAUAAAUAAAGUAAUGCUUAAAAACCUAUUCGAAUAAAAUUAAAACAGCAUCCUCUUAUUACUGAUUUAAAUAACAUUUAGCACUCCAUUGAUAAAGCAAAUUAAUCAGAGAGUGCUUAGAAUAACAAAUAAAUAGUUUUACCUCAUUUGAAUAUUAAAAGCUAUCACAAUAACAUUAAUAUUUCAAAUAGCAAUUUAGAAAAUAUAGAUAUUCCAGAAACAUAACAAACUUCACUCACUAAUCAUAUGGAAGAAACCAGUGCUGAUUUUUUCUUUCUAUAAAAUUAUUAUAAAAAUAAAUAUAAUAACGAUGACAAAGUUCCUAAGUAGAUAUCUUAAAAUAGAGAUAUUAUGAUCAACUAAAAUUCAAUAUCUAAGUAUAAUAGAUAGCUAAAUAAUGCUCAUUCUAUAUUAACUGAAUAUGAUCUUUUAGAAGACUAGUUUUAGCAAUAAAAGGAGAAAAGGAGAUCAAGUUCAUUUUUUUCUUCUCCACACAAGCAAAAGAAAAACAAAUAGGUCUUUUCAAUAUAAAAUUCUUUGCAAGUAUCUCCUUUUUCAUGCUCUAAUUAAACCAGUUUAAAAAAGAAAAAAACAAACUUAAUGAAUGAUCUAUAGCCUUGGGAGGAUCAAUAAAAUUUUAAUGAAACAAAUUUUUUCCAAAUAGUCAAAGAAAGAACUGAUAAAAUAGCAAGAAAUGAUAGAAAAGCCUCCUUCUCAGAAUAAAGUCAGGAUGGUAAAUAAAGUGGAUCUAGUCGUAAAUCAUCUGAAUACUACUAUUAAGACUGA